AUGGAUUCACGAGAAGAGCGUAUUAUCUCAUAUCUCAAUUCACAUCCAAAAUUCUUGGAAAAUUAUGCUACCGGACCAAGCGUUACCAAUGAAGUAUUCCAUCGAUGGUGCUCAAGGCGGAGUUCAAAAAUAAAAAAGGCCUUGAAAGAUAUGAAUGGACCGUGGAUGGCAGAUGACUUAUCGGAUUUCCACAAUUUGCUUACCUCCAAUGGUAACAAUGUGCCUCUUAUUCUAUAUGAAUUGGGUCAUGCUUGUGCACAAUUAACUCAUAAUGAAUUGUUUGAUGUGAUAAUGUACAACGAUAAUAAUGCUUACUUCAUUAAGCGGACAGAAACUAAUGUCCGGCUAAAGCAAGUGACCAAGGAGAAACGAUUGCCUACUUAUACGAAAAAAGUAGAAAAUUACUCGGGAGUCUUACUCGGAGAAAUUCAUUUCUAUCGUUCACUCACCGAACAAGAUCAUAUUUCCAUUAAUAUCCUCUGUACCUGGGGUAGUGCUCUUCUCUACUAUGCACAGGAUAUUGUCAGUAUGGAUACUGUUAUCAUAAAAGUUAUGAAUUUCGCUCAAAAGUUGACAAAUGCAGAUCGAUCUUCGCUCUUUCUUGUAGAUCAUAAAAGAAAAGAAUUGUAUGCAAGAAUCUUUGAUGUGGGUACUCAACCGGAUGAACAAAUUAAAAUUAAUGAAGAUGGUAAUGAGGAGAUUAGAUUCUCAGCCAAUAAAGGUAUCGGUGGAUAUGUUGCUAUGACAGGACAAGUUCUCAAUAUCGAAAAUGCCUAUGAGGACCCGCGAUUCAACAAAGAAAUUGACCAGAAGACGGGUUAUAGAACCAGGAAUAUCCUUUGUAUGCCCAUUUUUAUUAAGAAAUCUGUAAUUGGUGUGGUACAAAUGAUUAACAAAGCAGAUGGGCCUUUUACACAACAGGACCAAAAUUCUUUCGAAACAUUCGCCGUAUACUGUGGCCUAGCAUUGCAUCAUGCCAAGCUUUAUAAUCAGAUAAGACGUUCCGAACAGAAAUAUCGAGUGGCAUUAGAAGUAUUGUCAUAUCAUAGUGUAUGCAGUAAAGAGGAGGUGAACAAGCUGAAAAGUAUCACAAUUGAAGAUGAUAUCACAGAAUUGGACAAGUUUGAAUUCAAUGGAUUUCAAUUAACAGAGCUUGAAAAGCCGCUUUAUGCUAUUUAUAUGUUUCGAACGUUAUUUAAAGGGAAAUUCAAUUAUGAUGAGGAUGAUUUGAUUCGUUUCGUACUUACUGUACGUAAGAAUUACCGUCAAGUAGUGUAUCAUAAUUGGGCACAUGGAUGGAGCGUAGCGCAAGCUAUGUAUUGCUUACUUCGAUCCACUACAAUUUUUGAUUUAAAACAGUCUCUUGCACUCUACAUGGCUUGCUUGUGCCAUGAUCUCGACCAUCGUGGCAAGAAUAAUGCCUAUAUGAUAUCGAUGAGUAGUCCAUUGGCAUCAAUUUAUUCAACAUCAGUGUUGGAGCAUCAUCAUUUCAAUCAGACUGUUAUUAUUUUACAACAGGUUGGACAUAAUAUUCUUAAAUCUUUCUCCUCAGAGGAAUACAAGGAGAUAUUGGGUAUUAUUAAGCAUUGCAUAUUAGCCACUGAUCUGGCAGUAUUUGCUAAUAAUAAGACGGAAUUGGAAGCAAUUCUAGCUAACGGUACCUUCAGUUGGGAUAAUGAAGAUCAUCGGCUUUUAAUGACAGCUAUUUUAAUGACUGGUUGCGAUAUAAUUGCGGCAUCGAAACCAUGGAAUGUUCACACGGAAGCUGUGAAAAUAAUAUUCGAAGAAUUUUAUGAACAAGGAGAUGCGGAACGACGAAAUGGACAAGUACCGAUUGCAUUGAUGGAUCGAGAGAAAGCAAACGAACUACCGCAAAUGCAAGUGACUUUCAUGAAGGAUAUCUGCAUCCCAUGUUAUGAGCUGAUCGUCAUGGCGGUACCGGAAUGUCAACAAUUACUCGACCGCUGUUUGUACAAUAUGAAGAAAUGGCAGGAAUUGGCUGAUGAGCAAAAAAAAAACGGAACUUAA